AACCAGCUUAUCAACUAUUAAGGGCUGCGUUUUUACAAUGAAUUCCAACAGUAGUCUUUUGCAACUUUGUAUGUUAAUGGACAAAAAAUUUCUGUUGGAAAUUUCUUAAAGAAGACAGACUGGCCACUCUGCGCAAAUGGCAAACAUUUUGAAUGAGGAAGAUAUUGAAGAAUAUCGUGAGGCUUUCUAUCUAUUUGACAGUGAUGGUAACGGCUCAAUAACAACUAAAGAAUUGGGACAUGUUAUGAGAAGUCUUGGUCAAUCGCCAACAGAAGCUGAUUUGCAGGACAUGAUCAACGAAGUCGAUGUUGACGGAAAUGGCACAAUUGACUUCCCUGAAUUUCUGAAUAUGAUGGCAAGGAACAAUAUUGACACAGAGGGCGAAGAAGAAAUCAAAGAAGCAUUUCGAGUUUUUGACAAAGAUGGUAAUGGACACAUAAGCGCAGCUGAACUACGUCAUAUCAUGACAAACUUGGGCGAAAAACUAACAGACGAAGAAGUAGAUGAAAUGAUCAAAGAAGCCGACAUUGAUGGGGACGGACAUAUCAAUUAUGAAGAAUUUGUCAAGGUGAUGCUGAAGUGAUGAUCAACGCAAAGAGAUGAGUACCAGUGGCUACGAGGUUGUCACGGAUAUUUUCACGAGGUUUCUGAAUUGUCACGGAAAAUCUCAUCAUGCAGCUUUCAUUUGAAAUCUUUGGUGGAGGCCAUAAAUGACAUUGAAAAAUCACUGAUUGUUGCAAAACCAUUGGAUAUUGCAGUUUUAUCAUGUAAUGGACAACACCGGAUGAUGGCUCAUCUGUACCUAUGUCAGCUAAUUCAAAUGCUAAACAUUUAAUUAAUUGCCAGAUAUAUUACUUUAGUAAAAUAAAUUUUGCAGAGUACUUUUCUGAUUUCAA